AUGGAGACAGGCUUCCUAAACGGACCAUCCUACUCUUCCACGGUUCCAUAUUCAACAGGAAUGUUGAAGACCACCUGUCUGCCCUCUACGAAGAUCCCGGAGCACGGGCGGAUCCAAAGGAGUUCCUUCAGCAUCGAGUCCAUCCUUUCCAUGGCCCCCAGGGAUCUUGUGCAGCCCAAAGCGGGCGCGGUGUAUUGGGACCCCCAGCCCUGCGUCAAACAGGUGCCGACCUACCCUGGCACCCUGAGUCCCCCUGUGCCAAUGUGGAUCCCUGAAUACCCGCGGCAGAGCCCAUCUUACGCCCCUUAUUAUAUGGGCUACCGGCCACAGGCGCUGCACAACGACAUCCGCAACCAGCUAAUGUACAACAAAGGAUAUGAACCAGACAGAAAACCCGUGUCCAGAAAGAACUACGUUAGAAGGAGCUGCCGGAGAAUCAGGACCAUCUUCACCGAAGAACAGCUCAACAGGCUGGAGGAAGUAUUCGGCAAGCAACGCUACAUGACCGGCACCGAGAAGGUCCUCCUGGCCUCGGCGCUCAGACUCACCGAGACGCAGGUAAAGGUCUGGUUUCAGAACAGACGAACCCGAUGGAGGAAGAUCCAGGGAGUCACAUCGGCUGGCUCAGCAGACACGUGUCUGGCCAAAAGCGACGGGCAAGGGCACGAUGAUCAUCUUUCCACCGGUGGAGAGGAAGAAGAAGACGAAUUAAUCUCAGUGGAUGAGGAAGACUGUUGGUCACAGUAA